AAAAUUUAAUUCACAAGAAACGAAUAAAUGAUUGCUUCUCAUCUAUUCGUUAACGUAAUUCACGAUUCGCUUAUUUAUGUAAAUUACGAUCAGACUCGUAACGUAAGGUUAUCAGGCAGCGGCAGUGUCAAACUAUUUUCAUCAUUCAAUGAAGAGAUUUCUUUGUGCUCCGAGUUCACUUAAUAAAUUGAUAAACGUCGAAACGCUUUAUUCGUUAUCCAUCUCGGCUCAACAGCGCUUGUAAAUUAAUAAUUUCUCGUCUGCGUAUAUUGCACCUAUAAUAUUCAAUCCUUCCAUAAUUGAUGUGCGAAAAUUUAUAGCGACAUCUUAUCGGGCAAAUACAUUAUUCAUCGUCGGUUUAUUACGUAACAAAAAUUAUCGCGUUUUGUUAAAAUUGAUUGCAUAUUUUAUGAUUUCGUAAAAACGAUCACUCUAAAUUAAAAUAUCUAAACUGUAGAGAGGGUAUCUGAACGGUCUGGGUAUCUGCUAAAUUCUGGGAAACAUUACUACAGUAUGCCAUACGCUCUGGUUGGGUGAACAACACUUGGUUCAAUUAUCAAUACGAAAUUGUACGUUGUCUCGAGCUUCGAGAGCCAUAAGUUCUAGUUUGCAAAAAAAUUUGCAACAAGAACAUCGAUAUGUGUCCCGAGUGGAACCAACUUGCUACUCACAAGGAACCGCCAGCGAUACUUAAGACUAAACUGCAGCUACCUGUAAAAAUUUUAACAAGCCCCGGGCCGACUAAUUGUUCGGAGCGAGUUCUUCAAUCUCUUAAAAAUCAAGUUCUCGGUCAUCUUCAUCCGGAAAUUUGCCAGUUGAUGGAUGAGAUUAAGGCAGGCCUUCAGUAUGUGUUUCAAACCAAUAAUAGGCUCACAUUGGUAUUAAGUGCGUCAGGUCAUGGUGGUAUGGAGGCCUGUUUAACAAAUUUGCUCGAACGCGGCGAAACUGUACUCGUUGUCAAGAGUGGAAUUUGGGGUGAACGCGCAGCUGACAUGGCUGCUCGAAUUGGUGUACACGCGGAAGUGAUAGAAACAGAACACACCAGCGCUGUCACGUUGGAACAACUGGAAAUAGCGUUGCGUCGGUAUAAUCCAGCCGCGGUUUUCAUGGUCCACGCUGAAUCCUCCACAGGUUUGAAACAACCACUAGAAGGUUUCGGCGAUCUCAUUCACAGAUACAACGCGCUUUUUAUCAUUGAUACUGUCGCAUCGCUGGGCGGCGAACCGUUCUUCAUGGACUCCUGGGGCGUCGAUGCAGCCUAUACUGGCAGUCAAAAGGUUCUCGGUGCUCCUCCAGGAUUAUCGCCUAUCUCGUUUAGUCCACGGGCUGAGACGAAAUUGCUGCAAAGGAAGACCAAGCCCAGUUCGUAUUACUUGGACAUGACGCUCCUUGGAAAUUAUUGGAAAUGUUUUGGGAACGAGAGUCGCGUGUACCAUCACACCGCAAGCGCCACGCUUCUUUAUGGCCUUCGCGAGGCGUUGGCGGAAAUCGCUGAAGAGGGUCUCCGAGCAUCGUGGAUCCGACACGCUAGCGCAGCUGCCAGAUUAAGAAGGGGCCUUGAAUUACGGGGUCUUCGAUCUUACGUGAAAAUUCCACAGUAUCAAUUAUCCACGGUUAUCUCAAUAGAGCUGCCACCUGGCGUCGACGAUACGAUCAUCAUACAACGUGCCAUGAAAAACUGCAACGUGGAAAUCAGCAGAGGCUUGGGACCAACUGUGGGGAAAGUUUUGCGAGUUGGAUUGUUGGGGAUCAAUGCUACAUUUGACAAAGUCGAUCUUAUUCUACGCGCUCUGGAAAUUUUACCGUCGAAGCUGUGAGAAACAGUUGAGACAAGUUAUGUGGACAUACGAUGCUGACUUAUGUAGAAAAAUAACUAUAUUAUCGUCAAAAAUUAA